AGCUUCUUAAGGAAAUGUCUGGUACGGUUUUCCGCUUGGAUUUGCAUGUUUAUGUUUGUUUAUACAGACGGUGUGGGUGUAGCAAAAGGCAGCUUUAAGGCUGUUCAACAAAUGGUGCUGGUCAAAGAACAGAGCACUGGCAUGGACCAGCAGGACCCAGAAAUCGUCCACGUAAAGGAGGAACAGGACGAUGAAGAGAAGUCUCUGUUCUCACCGCUUCAUCAGCAGCAAAUAGAAGACAGACAUGUUCCAACCAGCAGCUCAGCUGAGCAGGUGACAGCAGAAACUGGUGAAGGAGCAGCAACCAGCAGGAACCUUGAUCUUGACCUUCAUGAACAGGCAUUUGAGUCUUCAGGGACUGAAGUUAGUGGAGAGGAUGAAGAGGACGAUGAUGAUGUGAAUGGAAACUCUGAGCUGUCAGACUCUGGAUCUGAAACUAUAGACGGAGACCAUGACUGGAAUGAGAGCCCAUCUCCUAAGUUGGAUGUUAAGACUGUCAAGUCAUUUAGCUGUCCUGAGUGUGGUAAAACCUUUGUCCACAAGUGGUCUCUCCAGAAACAUGUGAGAGGGGCAAGUCAUUCAGCAAUAAGGUCUUCAGGCUGUUUGGUUAAUAAGAAAUGUGUUAAGGUGAAGCAAUGCGUAGACACAUGCAGGAAAGUCAAGGAAGAACAAAAGUCAUUCAGUUGUGAUGACUGUGGGAAAUUAUUUACUAGAAAAUCAAGUGUAAACAGACACAUGAAUGUCCACACCAGACUGAAGCCUUUUGUGUGUGAGCUCUGUGGACAAAUAUUUAGCGUAAACUCAACUUUAAACAGUCACAUGAGACUCCACACAGGACAGAAACCUUUUGCCUGUGAGUUCUGUGGACAAACAUUUAGGCAAAAAUCAACCGCAGUCAAACACAUGAGAAUCCACACAGGACAGAAACCUUUUGCUUGUGAGCUCUGUGGACAAAGAUUUAGCCAAAGGACACACUUAAACUGUCACAUGAGACUCCACACAGGACAGAAACCUUUUGCUUGUGAGCUCUGUGGACAAAGAUUUAACCAAAAGACAAUUUUAAACAACCAUAUCAGAGUCCACACAGGAGAGAAACCUUUUGCCUGUGAGCUCUGUGGACAAACAUUUACCCAAAAAGGACAUUUAAACCGUCACACAAGAGUUCACACAGACAAGAAGAAGUAAUUUCACCAAAAGGGACACUUGUAGGUUUUACAUCCCAAAUGAUCAUUUUAACCAGGGACACCGGAGACAUGUCCCCACCAAUAUUUAUAAUUGACAGAUAAGUCCAUAUCAAUAUUUAUAGUCGACAAUUCGUUCUCUCUAAAUUAAAGAAAAGCCUCUUGCAACAAUUGACAUCAUAAGAGAUUCAUCAUCUACUAGUGCUCCCUGCUGAAUGACUAUCACAAUGAGUUGAUCUGACCAGAAUUUAAAUUCCUCGCUAUUUUUUCUUUUUACUCACUGCCGCCCGUAAAACUAAAGCCUGCUUUUCCUUAAACAUGCAUGUUUCAUUUUGUAAAUGAUACUUCAACUGUGAUUAAAAAUGGUGACAAAAGUGAUCAUGAGGUAAUUUAAUGAUUUUAAAUUAUAUUAUUUUAGCAGAUGAUUCAGGAAAUGCGUGCUUCUUUUGUGGCUUGUCCCGACGGUAGCUUUUGAUACACUGGACCAUGGUCCAACACCUGAAUUUAAUUAAAUCAGCUGGAGCAGUGGGUUGACCCCACAGGGUCAGCUUUGCAGUAAGAGAGCCAUCUGAAAGACAAGACUAUUAGGGUGAUGAUGAAGGAAUGUUCAUCCUUCUGCAUGAACCUUAAAUAGGAAGUACCACAGGGCUCCAUUUCCGGCCCACUCUAGUUUGACGUGUAGCACAUUUUAUUAGACCAUACUGCUGCAUUUGAUACAGUUGAUCACAAAGUGCUGUUACUGCAUCUCGAGCACUAUGUUGGAUUUUCUGGUCAAGUUCUGAAGUGGUUUAGAUCUAAACUUGCGGACAGAACGGUGUGUGUUAGUAUGGGUGGUUUCACAUCUGAUCUUGCUCAUCUGCCUUGGGGGAUUCCAGAGUGUUCGAAGCUAGGACCACUGUUGUUUAAAGUGUAUAUUUUGUCAUUGAAUGACAUUUUACAUCAGCAUGGGAUUGCAUUUCACCAAUGUGCUGAUGACUGUCAUCUAUAUUUACGUCUAAAUGUGUAGAUGGCUGCCCAGUUACAAUGCCCAAUCCAUGAAUGUUAGGUGUCUGUGUGAUGUAGAUCUGUCAGGCUUUUUUAAAUCGAUUUUCUAUCAAAAGCUAAUGCAAGAGAUAGGUGUAGGAGACUAUUUUCAUGUUCAGCCCAGUGUUAAUUUUGUUGAAAUAUUUUCUUUUCUUAGUUUUUGUUUUGUGACGAAUUUAUUUUUGCGAUCGAAAUUGAAACAACUUAAAUUUGUACUUCUAUCGACUAAAUUAUGAAGAUUGAUCAACAUUUUUGUUAACAAAUAAUGACAACGAAAACUGACAGUAACAAAAAUCCAAUUAGAAAAUGGAAAAUAUGGGACAAUGGAAUAAAGAACCAAUCAGCAAAUAGAACAGGUAGGACUAAGGGAGAAAAGAACCAAUCAGAGUUUGGAGCGGUCGCUGUUUAAAGAAUCUAUCGGUAACCACAGACAUCAAAUAUUGAUGUCUAUGCCAGUGUUGGGCUGAAAAGAGCAUGCCUGCCGAAAUGUACAUAUGAGUAACAAGACAGCAUUUUAAUAAAUCUUUACUAUUAACA